AACGGUCGCUGGUAUGCUAGUAAUGAAAUAAUGUAGCCUAAUGUGAAAGUUAAUUAGGAUAUGUUUCUUUGUAGGUCAAUUUAACAUGUCGGUUCACGUAUCUGUUUCAACACACAUCACUAUGACGCAUAAACGAGGGAUUGUGGUGUUGUGGGUAGAGCGGAAAACUUCCGCUAAUAACUGACUUCGAAAUUCGAUUGCAACAGGCAGUGUUCCUAUUUUAGUCUAAUUUCUGAGACUAAACAGAUUUCGGAUAACAGCUGGAUGUGAUUGUGGAAGUUUUGUGUAUCAGAGAAGAUUGAGGCAUACAAAACUACGACUUUUGCAGGAAAUGGCAAACGCAGGUUUUCUUGUGUUCUUGCUCUUUAAUCUUUUGGCUAUUAUCAUGGCAGAAGACACUGACAGUGGCCCAUGUUACCGGAUUGCUACGGGUGCCCUGGCUGGCGUGGUUCUCGGUGACAUCAUACUUACAGUUUUCAUUGUUGGAGUCACAUACUGCUAUGCAAGCAAGCGUAGAUGCAGGAAAGAAAAUGCUGAUAAAGUCUACAUGAAUGUCAGAGCAAACUGCAAACCAUAACGACUGAGGAAGGAUGAAGAUCUGAUAGUACGAAACUUUUGAUAAUAUGAUAACAUUUAAUCCCUAAUUCAGAACAAAAAAUACUCUGUUCUGUUUAGGGCCCCGAGGCUUUGUAGAGUCUACAAACUGUUCCAUGAAAAGACUUCAUUAUGUCAACUGGUCAUAACUGUAUACUUUUAUAAUUGUAUCAUAAGUGUAGACUCUCAUAACUGUAACAUAUGUAACUUCUUUUCGUGCUUAAAUGAAACAAAGAUGUGAAACAUUAAUGUAAACCCUAAAUAAUGCCUAAUUAUUUUCCAGACAAUCCUAAUGUAUCUGCAUUAUUUGAAUUUGUUUUUUUUUUUAAUGUAUUUUUCAUCAUUCUCAGUAUAAUACAUCUGUCCUUGUGUGGUCUUAAAUGCAUAUAAAACCUUAUACAGCCACUUAGUUGUGCCCUCUGCUGGGAUGGACUUGGCACUACACUUAAUAGGGUAUGUGAUAAUACAAGCUAACCAGUACGUACAGUCGGGUCCUUCCUGAAAUGUGUAGACAAAUGGAUACUGAGUACAAAAUCAGGUAAAUACAGGAUACAUCAAAGUACAUAAUCAUGUGUUGCUGACAAGAAAUGAUCAAAAUCAGUACAUGUGCAGAACCACAGCACAGAAGAUGAAAAUCAUUCUGGACAAGAAGUAAAUUACAGCUGUUUUUAACUGUUUAAAUAAAUUAAUUGGUAAUCCAAACUAAUAUAUAUUCCUACUGUGAUAACAAUGUUCUAGAAACAUAGAUGUAACAGCAAUCUAAGGAUCGUGCAUCAUGAGACUCCGAUUAUGUUGGAUGUUAUUAUUCAAGUUUUCUGUUAUUCAUGUUUUUUGUUCACUGAAAAAAAGCUUACAACUAAAUUGCUUCUUGGGCGGAAACCUUCAUAUUUUUUCUCUGAUGUAUAUGUAGAAUUUAUGUAGAAUUCUCCAGUACUUUCUACCAGGAGUGGACUUCAUUAUCUCUCAUUAUCUAAGUGAGCAUGGGGAAAACCCUUAGGUUUUAAUUAUGUCUAAUCUGUUUUAUCAAAUCCUGUAUGCUUUACAUUUCCUGCUGUAAUGUUCAUCACCUGAACAUUUGUUAUAUUUUAUUUUAGAAAUGAGCUAUAUCAACACUGUACAAAUGUGUAGAAAUAGAUCAAACAUGGCAAAUCUAAAUCCAUUUAGAAAACAUUAUUUGUUGAUGAAAAAUGUAUAUGAAUACAGUAUAUGAAUAAUCUGUAA